AUGAGCGAUCGUAAACGAAGACACAUCAGUUCCCAGGCGUUCCUCUUUUUAGCCGUUUAGCCGCUUCUUCGAGCCAAAGAUCGAGUUCUUCAGACGUGCACCGAGGCCUCCUUUACUGGGAGUGGUUCUCCGCUAGGCAUUCUAGCAAAAACCUUCCUCAACAGAGUAAGUAGAAGUUUACUGGUAUUUCGACUGCAAUAGUAUGCACUACGGCGAAACUUUGGGGCCAUUCCAAUCCUUGUUCAGGGACACGAGGCUGGCAGCGCUUCCUGGUGGUCGAUUGCCAGCACCGAUUUUUCGGAAGAACGAUCCAAUUUUGGUGGGUUUCCAGUUAUUGGGCGGUAAUUGAUGCGAAGACAGCGAUUGGAUGUCCAUUUCACUGCUUCGUGAGAUCCUUCGAUCAUCGUAAGUUCCUAUAUUGUCAUAGAAACCAUCGUCAUCGUCAUCAUCCGCUAUGGAAGCUGCUCGUGACGACGCUGACUGAUGGCCGACGAUCGAACCUCGCCUUGCGGAAAUCUGGCUGUGCUGAUAUGAGGGAGCACCCACGCCGGAGCUGUUCGAUGAGUAAUAACCACCAUUCUGAGAUGAUGUAGCCGAUCCGUUCCUUCCAGGUGGAUGCGAUGGCGGCUGAGUAGUAGGAUAGGCCGGUGUGAAUUCAGUGACGUAGCUCGGUGACGAGUUACGAAUUCCAAUAGCGUUAUGACGUGGAGGCGAUGCAUGAGGACCGAUGUAUGGUGGUGGGACUGGGGCUGCUGUACUUGGAGGUGGUGGUAUUGUUGCUGUUGCUGCUUUCAUUACAUGUGGUCGAUUCGAGUGAUAAUCAUUGAUAUCGUGAUAAGCGUCGUCUUCUCUCGGUCUGAUAAGGUGCGGCUGGUAUGGCGGCUGUGCGCUCCAUCUAUUCUGUGCCGGUGCUGCAUUUCUUUCGAACAUAUUGUGCAUAGCCUCUACACGACUAGGAUUGAUCUUUUCUUGAUUGAUCGUCUCGAAUGGAUUCGACUGAUUCAUGGAAUGAGGCGUGGCAUACAAAGCGUGGCUAGGUUGCGACUUUUUUCGCGGAGGUUGUUGAGUCGCAUGGAAGUCGUUGACGACGUUGUUCAGCAUGUUAGUGACCUCAUCCAGUGAUUUCUGCUGCCGUUGUGGAUUCGACUUCUUCACAACCGGCUGCGUUGCAAACUGAGGUGGUUGCGGUACACGUUGAACUUGUGCAGCUGGUUGUGGUUGUUGUGGUGGAUGUUGUGCAGCAGCAUGAGUCACUCGAUGCUGGUUGUUCAUUGGUGUCGAAUGCGACUGGUGAACUGGCUGGUGACUGCUCACCGCCGCUGCAUGAUAGAGCCCCACCGGAGGUUGCUGGUAUGGCUGAGCUUUCCUUUCAAUCGGUGGUGCCCUUUUUUCUGACAGACGUCGCAUCGGUUGUUCGUAAACCGAACUUCCCGUAGCGAACGCGCUGUCGCGGGCGUACGAUGUUGGGAACGAUCGUCGCUUAUCAGCAGCCGUCAUGGGCUGUUCAGUGUUGAGUUCUAAUUCGGCACACAACUGAUCUAUAGCUAAAGAUGGAUCUUUCAUUGGUGACGGCUGGUGUUGAUACCUACCACGGAUGAUAAGUCCGGCGUCAGGAAGUGAUCUCAGCGAUCCUCUCAUAUUCGCACUACGUCCUGAUAGGUUGGAUACAGUUUGGAAGGCGGAAGGUGAUGGCCUCAAGACGUCCUCCGGUGGCACGCUUCCGUGUGCCUGAUGAGGCUCCUGUGA